CCAUAGCGCGUAUUUCUUAUUGCGCAAUGGGCACGGAAAACCAGAGCCAACAUUGAGGCAACAACAAGGAAACAAAGAUCAAAGAGGCAACAGACCUCGUGAAGGGGCUUAUCUGAAAGGCUGCCUCGAGAAGUGAUACGACUACAGUCGCAUGGUGCACCUGGAAAGCAAACGGUGCGGUCAACCAUACGGCCUCUGUCGCAAUAGUGUGCUUACGCCGUCAGACGAGAUGUGAGAAAAUCCGGCCGUUGUAUCUGGAUAAUGCCGCAACAGCUGAUACGGCAAAUGAGAUCUUUAUUCCAUUGGGGCCUCAGCGCAAGUUCGGUCGAGGCGGGCAUCGACGCGACACUGAAAUUUUUGCGUACUGCGUCCGAUCCCUUUGCAGAAGAUGAGCACAUUUUUACCCCUACUUGUGCUUACCCUUUCUUUUUGGGUAUUCACCGAAGCAAAUGAUACUUCCUACAAGGAACUAAGGUUCAGGACAAAGGUAGACCACUUUGCGUUCCACAAUAACAAGACAUUCGAGUUGCGCUACCUAAUGGACGAUAGGUACUGGGAUCGCGACGGCGGACCCAUCUUCAUCUACACUGGCAACGAGAACAGGAUUGAAGCCUUCGCAGAGGCCACGGGUGCCUUGUGGGAGUGGGCUCCCGAGUUCGGCGCCCUCGUGAUUUUCGCGGAGCACAGGUUCUUCGGCCAGUCCCUUCCGUUCGGCAACGAAUCAUUCCAGAGCCCUGACAAGCUGGGCUACCUGACGAGCGACCAGGCCUUGGCUGACUAUGCCGACCUAAUUCUGCACCUCAAGUACACCUUGCCCGGAGCCGAGAAGAGUCCGGUGGUCGCGUUUGGCGGCUCGUACGGUGCAAUGCUCGCCGCCUGGAUGAGGCUUAAAUACCCGCACAUUGUCGAAGGAGCCCUGACGUCUGGCGGGCCGUUCAACAUGCCACCAGGUCUCUCUCCAUGCUCAACGUACAGUGAAGCGGUCACCAAGGCCUACAGGAGCGUGUCUGAGCAGUGUGUCAACGCCAUACGUAAUUCGUGGUCUGUUAUGGAGAGUCUUGCUUCCACAGAGGCAGGGUCAAGGUAUCUGCAAGAAAAGUUCAAAACGUGCCAGCCGCUGCAUCCGAGCAACUACACAGUGUUCAGAGACAUGUUACGUGACACGUACGGCGUGUUGGCGAUGUCAAACUACGCUGAUGAAUCCGAGCUGGUGGGAACACUACCGCCAAAUCCUGUCAAGGAGAUAUGCAAGCACUUCAUGAAUGUCCCAAAAGGGAAACAUGGAUUGGUGGACGCCGCUGCUAAUGCUAUGUCGAUGUUUUUCUCUGAGAGGGAAGGACGACCCUGUCUCGACGCUUUACUAUACGAGAGAAAUCUCGACAGCUAUAAGUUCCUGACUUGCAACGAACUCAUGCAGCCAUUUUGCGGCAACGGAGUGAGCGACAUGUUCUACCCGUACACGUGGAAUGCAUCAGCUGAGAGAGAAAGGUGCCAGCAAAAGUUUGGCAUCACACCGGAUUUUUACAGAACCGUCAUGAUGUUCGGAGGGAGCAAGUUCAGCACAGCGACCAACAUCGUCUUCAGCAAUGGCGAACUGGACCCUUGGUCAGCGCUGGGCAUCCAAGAGCCUCCAAACGACGACCUGGUCGUGAUCACAAUACCCGGCGCGGCGCAUCACGUCGACCUGCGCUUCGCAUCUCCGACCGACUCGCCAGCCGUGAAGCAGGCCAGGGUUAUCGAGAAGAACUAUAUACGGCAAUGGAUAUCCCAGGAUCCUCCACGGUCACAACUAAAGAAGAAGGGGCCUCGAGUCAUCACUCGAAGAGACAGAACCAGCUUCUUCAACGCGUACAGGUUUUAGAACAACUGUUUGCCCUCGUCACUUUGCGACAGGCCACGACUUCUAGUUAGGAAAGAAACUCAGGGAAUAUCCUGCAAGAGGUGUAUCUCGGAUAUUUGCAACGUCGUUUUUUUUGUGCAUGUGGACGCAGGUAUCUCUGUCUACGACGAUCGAUAUCGCAAGUAUUCUCACAAUAACGGCCAGUUACCUGCUUGUUGCUCUAGGCGUAUAUGCUUAGAACAUCGCCGACGCACAGGGUACUUUGCGUUCUGCCUCGUAUAGUCGGAAAACUUACAAAACACUUGAAAUGCCGCAUUGACGGGCUUCUAACGCAGGCGCGUUGUAACGACCAAGGCACGGUACAUGACCUAUUUUUAUACGCACGAAAAUGUUUGUACAGACGCGCUCGGUGUUCCACAAUGAUGUCAUCUUGACAAAACUUGGCACAACAUCAAUAAUUUGUCGGCGUACAGCCGAACAUGGUGGCACCCGUGAAUAGAAAAGAAAUCGUCCAUAUAUAAAUAGUCAGAGCAAACUUUGUCAGUAAAUGUUAUAUUUGCUAGUGAGCUUGCAGACCUAUAGUCGGGCACAACUUAAUACGACAAGAGAGGCCUGCCAAGAUGACCGAAGUGCAGCAGCCGAUUGUCUCGGCGACUAAAGAAAAAAUCCCGCUGACGCGAUCGGCCCAGUUCGAAGCGCGGGCUGCCAUGUUCUCCGUCGGCGAAGUCACUGGCGGUCGGUCCGGCUCAUGACGUCAGCCUAGAGAGCUCGUCCAUUGGUGGAGGCUCGUGUGCAUCCGCCUUUGAGGGGCAAAUGCCGCUGCCUUCUAAAGUUGUAGCCGGCUAUAGUGCAGAUAAGACUUUCAGCGAUGUGUAUUUAAGGAAUGAGUCGGUGCUGCAUCUGCACAGAUGUUCCUGCUCUGGCCUUUUUUCUGGUUUUUUUUUCGUCACUGAGGCGAAGUUGCUCGUUAGAACACAGUAAUGUUAGUCUUUAAUAUUCACUCCCUCUUCUUCAGUUCAUACGCUGUCAGAGACGAAACAAAGGUAACAAACAUGUCCCGAAGGGCGUAUAAGGUGGUUCACAUACAUGCCAUUAUCGUUGCAUUAAUUAGGUGUUCAACACUUUCACAAUUUAUAACACAACAAAUCUUACAAAUGAAUGCGCGCAAAUGAGCGUAUAGGAGAUCCUGACCAUCCUGCCUCUACGUCGUACUGCCACGGUGUUUUGCCAUUAUUGUUAUUGCACUAAUAAAUUUGUAUGACUAUACUAAAGCUAAUUACCUUUUUCUUUUGGUUUAGAAUAACAAACGCGGAGACAAAGAUAAUUUCGUGACACACGCACGAUAUGGAUUCACGGCUGUUGAUUUAGUUUUGCUUUAGUUCACAUGAGAAGUCGCACAAGCAAGCGGAACUUCUGGGUGUGCCAAGCAUUUUUGUUAUUAUGCAGAGGAAGAAUUGUUGGCAAAAUGUAUAGUUUUGUACAAUGACGUUUUCUCACGGUUUUUUAUAUACGGUGCGCGUACUUUGUCAGGAUGCCUUCCUGCCUUGAUUUGUAGAAAUGGAAUCAAUAAAAUAUUUAGGCUAUUCACCUGUAA